CAGCCUUACCUCAACGCCGACGCCUUGAGCAGCUACAAAUAUGACCAGAGAACCCCCAGGAUCUGUGGGAAUGCAAAAUGACAAGAAAAAACGAUCUCACGGCCGCCUCCUCGUUGCAUACCGCCCGCCAAAAUGUCCGGGGAGGGGGCGGAUACGCUGGGAGACGCAGCGCCUGUCGCUGCGUCGAAGAUUCGCAAGCUUAGUUUCAGACCUGCUCGGCCAUUGUCCGAAUACAAGGGCGAAGGCAGCAGACCCUCCCCCAACAAGCCCAGCAUCAUCAAUGAUAGACCCCUGACCGAGACCCUGUUCCAGCACAUCAGCAACAACAACCUCAGCGAAGCGCGCAAACUGGCGCAGAAGAAGGGUGUCCAGCUACAGAACAAGUAUGGUCCCCAGGGGUGUACCGUGCUGCACAUGGCGGCCGCUUCGGAAUCCAUGGUCGAGGUGCUCCGGAAGCUUCUUGGCCGCCCCGACGUGGCACGUCACAUCAACCAGAAAGAUAAUGCCGGCCGCACGGCAUUGCAUGAGGCCGCCAUCCUCGCGACGCGCAACACGAUACUGGUCGAGCUGAUCGACGCCGGCGCCAACCCCGACAUCCUUGACCAGCAGCGUCUAACGCCGCUGCACGCAUUCAUCAAGUAUUGCCAGCCCGGGGCUGAUCAUAGGAGGGUGUUCAACUCCCUCGUCAACUAUGGCAACGCCGAGGUCAACACAAAGAACUCCUCCAACGACACGCCUCUACACGACGCCGCGAGUCGUGAUAGCGAGACGCUGAUACGUCUGCUCCUAAGCCACGGCGCCGACCCGGACAGCGUCAACGCUGCCGGUGAAACGCCGCAAGCCCUCCUUCCUGAGAGAUCCGCUGCGAAACGCAUCUUUCUCGAGCCGCGGACAAAAUGGACACCGCGCAACCUGACCAAGAUUCCCACCGAGGCACCGCGAUGCGAGGGCGACAGGCAGGCGGUAUGCAAGUCCUUUUAUGUUACAGUGUGGUUCUUCUACCGCCCUGCAAGCCUCUCAUGGUCCCAGACUUCUACUGCCUAUAGCGUUAUCUAUGACAAGGAGACCAUAGCCGGGUUCGAGAGGCAGUUCAUCGAUAUCAUCCAGAGCAGUUCCAACGCAGCAAGACAGAAGGCCAAAACAAAUACCGACAAGACACACCUUCGUCCCAGCAGCUACACCCAAGAUACAGACACAUCUCGGGAUGCUGCUUUUGAGGUGCGCAGCGACGAUAUCUGGAAGUGGAUUCACCUUCCCGCAAACAACAUGGACUGGGUCAAGGACCUCGUCUAUCGCCUCACACUCUCGGACCAAGGCUCGGCACGCCUCAGGCAGGCACUGCAGUUUAUCGAUCGCCAUGUCAAGGAUCACAAAGAUAACAGGGGCUACUUCCGUCUGCCCCACGUCGAGGAGGAGCGCCAGGAUGACGAUAUUUGGGUGGCCGACGACGACGACAUGGCAGAUAGCCCUCCCGUCAGUCCGCGCAUCACAUCCAGUUCACAUUCCAUCAAUAGCCCAGGAACGAAUCAGCACAGCUCCAACCCGGGUUACUUUCCCCCGGUACAGAUUUCGCUGUCAUCGCCACCGAGGACUUCCGAGGCCCCAAAAGGACCCGAAACAUAUGUAUCACACAACAAGUCCCGCGCCCGCUCAGAGCUACCCAACGAGGCUUGGCGCAGCCGGAAAGUGACGCCCGGGGGCCGCCGCCGCCUUUCUCUAGUGAUCCCGUACUUUGACUUUGAAACAGAGCUCUACCUCGGCAAAGGCUCAACUUCGAGAACGUCACUCACCCCGGGCGAUCCUGAUGGGGCAGGGAGCGGAGACCGACAGUUCAAUAGAUUGACAGCACUCAAGCAGCACUACCGCCCCUUCGAGGGUCCCCGGGGCCUCCAGCUGCCUCAAACUUUGGACGAGUCAUACUACCACAUGCUAGCUGACGAUCAGCUACACGCCCGCAAUAGAGACCAGAUAAUCUACAAAUGGUCUUCUGAUAUCGCUGUUAACGGGCUGGGUACAACAAAAACACAGCCACAGGACACCGAGGGUCAAGACAGACGGGAUCUCAAUGGAAGGGUGCCGGCAGAGGCCAGCGAUGGCUCAUCACCUCAUAGCAGCUUCAGCCACCAGACGGACAGAAAUAAGCUGCUAGUGGUACACCAGUUGUGGCUCUGGAAACUCGACGAAAACACGGUGAUAACUACUCAUCCUGAGAGAUGGCAUACCGGCAACGAGGACACGCUUGUCGAAACGAUUCGGCAGAGCGGUAUCGGCGAUUUUCAGGAGCCAGAAGACCUGAUCGAGCACAUAGUUUCCGAGUGUGCCCGCUUCAUCGAGGAGUAUCGGUAUGCUGGUCUGGGAGAACAUAUACUGGAUAUCUUUGAGAACUCGAUCGCUACCAAGUCCAACCAAGAGGUCCAGUGCUUCAAAAGGUUUAUCGCUCAGCUGGGAAAUGAGCCCGGAAACAACUCCAAAUCUCCGGCAACGGCCGUGGAGGAGCACAGCAACGAGAAAGAAUCCAUAACCGAGGAGACCAAGUUGAUCCGCGAGAUUAAGGACAUCCAUGACGAGCUGCAGAUGCUAGGCCGCGUACUCGAGGAUCAGGCUAACAUGGUGGAAAGGUUCGCUCGGCUGUUCUGGCCCGAUGCAGAAAAGGACGAGAAGAUGCGCCAGCAGUUUACAGACUACUGUGGUAUCCAAAACCUGAGAGCACGCACCGUCAGGAUGGAUGGCAAUGCACACCAGACUCUCCAGGACUUGUACUACCUGGUCCAGGUAAAGCAGGCACAGAGCUCAUUGCAUGAAGCCAUCACUGCCACCGUGAUGAGCAAGAGAGCCCAAACUCUCAACGACUACAUCUUGGUGUUCACAACAAUCACCGUCAUCUUCGCGCCCCUCGCAUUCAUGACGAGUCUUUUCGCCCUCCCUAUCAGCAGCUUCCCACGGGAUGGGGGGGCCGGGAGCGUGUCCUACGCGGCCGACUGGCUCGCAGUACGUAUUACUGCGGGCGAGAUUGUGAGCCUUGCAUCCAUCUGCUUCAUGCUCUACCUCUACUUUGUAGCUCUGAGAAAUCGGGACUCGCCAGGAGGGAUCCGUGAACCUCGGCAUGGCGCGGGCUCAGCUCAGCCAGUGCGACCGGCGAACAGCACGAGCGGCGCUCCGACGGGGGCUACGUCUAUUCCUACCCGGAGGCGAGUGACGACCAUGGUCGGGGACGACCUUGAGAGACAGUCGUAGGAUGGUAAGUAAGUUAGCGUGUGGCGACUGAAGGGUUGAAGGAUGGUGGUCGAGCAAAAGUUGACUUGGCCAAGUGUUCAAUAAAUAUCCAUUGAGAAAUCCUCCCCAACCCAUGCUAUAGUUGAUCACUUGAUGCUCG